AUGGUUAUGACAGCAAUUGCUGGUGACAAGUUCCUUUACCCAAAACUCAAUAAAAUCGUCCCGUUUACUUUAUUCUCCCAUCACUCACCAGAUCUUGAAAAUCCACUAUUGGAAAGUGAAUUAAAUACAACUGAAAAUACAAAGGAAUCAAUAAGCGUAAUAAACCCAGGUAGCAAGAAGAGACAUAAAGCUCGAUGUAGGAGAAAUGGGAGAAAUGAAUUAUUCCAGUCUAAAGUUAGAGGUUGGCAUUUUUAUUGUAGAGUUGUUACAAUUUUCAUACCAUCAAAAGUGCUAAAAUUCUGUGGAAUUAGAACAGUUGAGCAACAAAGAGCCUGGAGAGAAAAAGUUGGGCUAAUUUCAAUUAUACUCGCAAUUGGUGCAAUUGUAAUUUACAUUUCUUUUAUUUUUACAAAUACGGCUUGUGGGUAUAAGCAACCUAAAAUACUGCAUCGUAAUGUCUCUGACAGUUUUAUAAGGAUUAAUGGUAGAGCUUAUCCAUUCAAUUGGGCAAAUAUUCCCGAAUCCACGCCUAUUUUAAUUUCAUAUUAUGGGCUCUUUGCGCCAAAAUCAUACGGAGGAAAAGACGCAUCCUUGCUUUUCCAAAAUGUUAAUGGAAACUGUCAUGGUAUCAUCAAGCCUAGAGAGAACUGCACCAUCCCCCAUGAUAACAAUGGUAACCUUGCUUGGUAUUUUCCUUGUGUUGUUUUGAGCAAGGAUGAUUAUAUGUCAUGGGAUCCAGAAAUCGAAAUAGAAAAUAAACCCAGUAAUUGCCAUAUAUCAGAAUUUGAGAGGGAUUCUUACUAUUACUUGGAAUACCCAGUCAAUAUAUAUUAUACUUGGGAUGAUAUCAAAAACUCUAAUAGGUCACUAGUGGUUUAUAAUAACUAUGUUCUUGAUCUGAAGAUAUUGCAAAUGCUUUACAAGUAUGAUCUUGACGUACCUCCAAAACUUCUUGAGCUGGGAAGUCUUCCAAUUAAUGGGUACGACAUAUCAGUUACUCUCACUACUAAUUAUGAUAAAAAACUGGCAAGAUGUCUUAUUGAUAUUGCAACAGUGGGACUCAUAGACGCAGAGCCGCUUGGAUGCAUAGUGGCAAAUAUCAUUCUUUAUUUAUUUCUAAUUUUUAUCAUGUCAAUUGUAAUUUUAAAGUUUGUUAUUGCCUGUUAUUUUAGAUGGGUGGUUGCCAAGGCUCAGGGUUCAUUCAAAGUUAAUAACAAAACUAUGAUUCGAAUAAUGCGAGACAUAGAGGAUUGGGCUGAAGAUAUAAAUAAAAAGGCGCCAAUAAUGAAUGUUAAUUUCUUACCUGAAAAUACAUCCUUGAUAACAAGAAAAAGAGAUAUAGUAGAAGGUAUUUCACUUCAUCCAAAAAGGAUGUCAAAUCCUACUUCCAUUCUAUCGGGUCCCAAUAGUAGUAAUGUAAAAUCAACAACUUACUUGAAGCCCAAUCUAAAGAUAGGCAAUUCAAUAAGCCAAAAUUUUGAUUCAUUUAUCAGAAAAGGAGAAAAUUAUUGUCUUUGUUCUUUUCCAGAGACGAGUAAUUAUAGAGAUAGUCUGUUAAAAAGCUUAAAUGAUGGCAAUCUUGAUCCUUCCAUCAUACACAAAAAUGUUGUCAAACCAAAUAAUAUUAUUCAUGGAAGCUCAGAUGGUUUUUUGAAUACAAUAUGUUUUGUGACAUGUUACUCAGAAGGUGUUCGAGAACUAAGAUCAACUUUGGAUGCCCUCUGUACAACAACUUAUCCAAACACCCACAAAUUGAUUAUUUUAGUUUGUGAUGGUCAGGUAACUGGAGCUCAUAACAAGAAGUUAACAUCAGAAAUAGCAUUAAAUAUGAUUACCGACUUUAUUGAAGAUCCAAAUGAGGUUAUUCCAUAUUCUUAUCUUUCUAUCGCCUCAGGAGCAAAACGUUUUAAUAUGGCAAAAGUUUAUGGCGGCUACUACAAGUAUGAUUCUGAUACAGUUGAGGAAAGUCAACAACAGCAAGUUCCAAUUGUAUUAGUAUCCAAAUGUGGUUCUUUCUAUGAGAUACAUUCUUCUCCUAAACCAGGAAAUAGAGGAAAGCGUGACUCACAGAUCAUACUAAUGUCUUUACUACAAAGGGCUAUAUGUAAUGAGCGCAUGAGUGAACUGGAGUUUCAACUACUAAAAGUUAUUUGGCAAGUUGGAGGUAAAAUGAUAAUGGAAUAUGAGACUGUUUUAAUGGUUGACGCCGAUACUCGAGUUUUUCCUGAUUCUAUAAGACAUAUGUGUGCAGAAAUGGCUAAGGAUACAAAUAUAAUGGGAUUAUGUGGUGAAACAAAAAUAGCAAACAAGAAAGAAUCAUGGGUAACAGCUAUUCAGGUAUUUGAAUAUUAUAUUUCUCAUCAUCACUCAAAAGCCUUUGAGUCUAUUUUUGGAUCAGUUUUAUGCCUACCUGGUUGCUUUUCAAUGUUCAGAAUAAAAUCCCCAAAAGAUAAAGAACAAACAUGUUGGGUUCCAAUAUUGGCCAAUCCUGACAUAGUGGAGUGUUACUCGAACAAUAGCACAGAUACUUUGCAUCAAAAAAAUUUACUUUUACUUGGUGAAGACAGAUAUUUAUCUUCACUACUGCUGAGAAAGUUCCCAAACAGAAAACAGGUAUUUGUACCAAAAGCAGCUUGCAAAACAGUAGUACCAAGUAAAUUCUUAGUUCUGUUGUCACAAAGGAGAAGAUGGAUAAAUUCCACAAUUCAUAAUUUAGUUGAUCUCCUGAGGCAUGACAAUCUUUGUGGCACAUUCUGUUUCUCCAUGCAAUUUGUUGUUUUAUUGGAGCUAUUAGGGACAAUACUUUUACCUUUCGCUAUACUAAGCACUAUUUAUGUCAUUAUUUAUUCUGCGUUGUUUGCACCUCUACCGAUGCUCACAUUAGUGCUACUUUUGGUUAUAUUGGGUCUACCUGGUGUAUUUAUUGUUAUAACUACGACUAAACUGGUUUAUGUUGUUUGGAUGCUUGUUUAUCUUGUUGCAUUACCAAUAUGGAAUCUUAUCCUUCCUGUUUAUGCGUUUUGGAAAUUUGAUGACUUCUCAUGGGGAGAGACUAGAGCAACGAAAGACGGCAAAAGAAAUGACAUCAAUGAAACAGCAGAUACAUUUAAUCAUACAGCAGUCAAUAUGAUGACAUGGAAAGAGCACGCUCUAGAUGAGAAGGCUAGAGGGUCCCGCUACCCGUUCGCUGUGUAG